AUGUUAGGCGAAUCACCUACUAGAGAUGCUCCUUCCCCUACAGCUGGUGAUGAUCCUUUUGUUUAUGAUGUUGAUGGUGAAGAAUUGGCUGGGGGUGGUGAUGAUAUGGAAAUGGAUGAUGAAGAUAAACCUGGAACUAGUGGUAGUUCUCGUUGUUUUUUGAAAUCUGCGAAUGAAUAUACAGUUUGGAUUUUUAUAUUUUAGUGGGAAAUGUGGGAGUAGGGGAGGCUUCUGAGUGA